ACAAUCACUGUUGCCCUCUUGAGCCUAUUGAGGAGCAAGAGGGUGUCUUCAGCAGGAGCAACAUUACAUGGUAUGGUGGUGACACAUGGUAUAUGUGGUCAGAGAGAGAGAUUUGGACCAUGGUGCUCUCCAACAGAAUGAUUGAAGACCCAGGCAACAGCACUAUGGUGGACAAAAGACAACUGUUUGUAGAGAUGCGCAACCUGGAGUUGGAUUCUAUCAGGUUGUCCACCUACAGAACAGCUUGCAAGCUCAGAUUCAUUCAGAAGAGGUGCAAUCGUGAGUAAGAGUAGCACAAACCCAGAUAUGAUUACAAGACUGAUCAAGACAGUGCAGUGAUACGACCUGUGUUUUGUCAACACAAGCUUCAUAAUUGAGUGCACUUGGUGGAUAUUUGGAAUAUCAUCGAAGCAUUUCGUGAAAAUGGACUCAACACCAUGGAGCUCAACACUGAGCCCACAGUGUCACGACUUGAAACAAUAUUGUCCACCAUCUUCCACCAGCUGAACAAGCGCAUGCCCACCACGCACCAGGUCGACGUGGAACAGUCUGUCUUGCUGCUGCUCAACUUCCUGCUGGCUGCAUAUGACCCGGAGGGUCUAGGGAACAUUUCAGUAUUUGUCAUGAAGAUGGCCCUUGCUACAAUAUGUGGGGGAAAGAUUUUGGACAAAUUAAGAUAUAUUUUUUCUCAGAUUGCCGACCCUACAGGCCUGAUGAUUUAUUCACAGUUUGACCAGUUUUUGAAGGAGGUCCUCAAAUUACCAGCCACUGUUUUUGAAGGACCAUCUUUUGGCUACACUGAACAGACUGCCAGGACUUGCUUUGCACAACAAAAGCAGGUUUACCUAAACGUCUUCCUGGAUGUGCUCAUGUCCGAUCCACCCCCACAGUGUCUCGUCUGGUUGACACUCCUGCAUCGCCUGGCUAAUGUGGAAAAUGUCUUCCACCCAGUUGAGUGCUCGUGGUGCCACAGCCAAAGCAUGAUGGGAUUUCGUUACCGCUGCCAACAAUGUCAUAAUUACCAACUCUGUCAGGACUGCUUUUGGAAGGGCCAUGCAUCUGGCUCCCAUAGCAACCAACACCAGAUGAAGGAAUACACAUCAUGGAAAUCUCCUGCUAAGAAGUUGUCAAAUGCCCUGAGUAAGUCUCUGAGCUGUGCUUCAAGCCACGAGCCACUCCACCAUAUGUUCCCUGAUGUUCCAGAGAAACCUCUAAAUCUUGCUCAUGUAGUGGACACCUGGCCCCCAAGGCCAGUGACUAGUGGGAAUGAGUAUGUGCUGUCACACUCCAUGCCCAUACCCAGCAUCCCUUCUUCCAGCAGAGUAGAUGCAAACGACAAUAUUAAUCGCAGAAAACCCCUGGCUAGGACUGCCCCAGACCUUUUGAAAGGAAAAGGGGUUCAGUACAGUCUCGAUAUUGCGGACAGGCUUGCAGAUGAACAUGUUCUUAUUGGGCUCUAUGUGAAUCUCCUCCAACAGAAGUGGUCCUGCAGUUGGCUGGAAAGCAGCAGCCAUAACCAGGAUGAAGAACACACUCUUAUCACUCGCUAUGCUUCCCGAUUGGCUGCUGAUGGAGCAUCGGCGCAAGCCAGAAUGUCAGGUGACCUGUCUCUCUGCCUGGACACGAACAAACAACAUAGGCAAUUGAUUGCUGAACUGGAAAACAGGAACAAAGAGAUCCUAAAAGAGAUUCAGCGCUUGAGACAGCAGCAUGAUGAAGCGUGUCAGCCUCCAAAUGACAAAGUGCAUCAAAACCCCACUCUACUUGCAGAGCUCCGACAUCUCAGACAAAGAAAAGAAGAGUUAGAACAGAGGAUGUCGGCUCUUCAGGGGAGUCGCAGAGAACUGAUGGUGCAGUUGGAGCAGCUCAUGCUACUUUUAAAGAACCAGGGCCCUGGUCCCUCCCCUAACUCCUACCCAAGUAACUCAGUGAGCAGCUCCACCCCCCUCCCUGUUCAAUCAACAGCCGGCAACACCACAGCCAGUAAGAUGCCUCAGGACUCACUGAUGGACCUGGGAGGAGACGUGCAGAAGGCCUUCACCCAGAGCUCCAGACGGAACUUGAGGAACGACUUGCUCGUGGCUGCAGACUCCAUUACUAACACCAUGUCCUUGCUGGUCAGAGAGCUCCAGACAGAAGCAGGAAGUGACAGUGACAGCAAUACUGAUGCAGAAGACGAAUUCAUCCCAUCAACCCCUGCGGGAAGCUUAUCUGCCCAGCUCAGCAACUCUCAGCCACGGCUGGUUGAUAUGCAAGCUGAAGGAGAGAGAAGCUAUGAGAGUGAGCUGGAACAGCAGCUGGAGAGAGAGCUGAGGAUGGAGGAGCAAACAGCAACAGCAGAAGGUCUCCAUGGUGACUUCACAACAAUAGCUCUAUCAUCAUGGCAGGGGAAAUGAAGUUUUACCCAGCAUACCCAACGGGAUGACGCUUCACAUGUCUGCACACAAACAAUGACAACACUUCUGUAAAUAUAGUCACAUCCAUUUUUGAUACUGUGAAUGGACUGAGAGUAUGAAGAAUCUAAAACACCACCAGUGCCAUAAAAUCCAAAAAGAUUUGAGCAUUAUUUUCUUUACUUUUUGUGAAUGUGUGCACUACUAAAAGUACUUUAUAUCCAAAAUAUCCAGAGAUGGGCAAAUAAGGUCAAACAAAGCUGCUGUCUAUACAAAUAAGUAAUAUGUCACUCCUCAAUUAAGGCCAAACUUAUUCACCAGCCUUUAUUGAACGUUGAAAAUGUCAAGCUGUUUGACUUUGGUUUGAGAUUUUAUUGUAGUAUUUGACAUGGAAAUCCCCAAAACUACACUGCCUUAUUUAAUCAGGUUAUCAUUCAAAAAUUGUAUUGAUUUUCUAAUUUAAAAUAAUGUUGCACAUAAUUAUGGGAUGGUGUACUUUACAUCUUUGAAACACUGGUUUGCCAUGCCAUUUUACACUGGAACACAAGUUUGUGUGUAAUUAUUUUACUCGCUUAAUUUAAAAUGUUUUGGGAUUUCAGCACCACAUUGCCAUUUGCUGAAGCUAUUUUCUACUAAAUUAAAAAGAGAAAACAAAAGUAUUAAAAUAUAGAGACUACAAAUAUUUGAGUAAAAGGCAUGUAAAUGAUAUGAAAGCAGAUGCUUUUAAACAUGUGCAAUAACUUAACACAUUUAUUAGUGUCAGUUAUAAAAAUCUAUAUAUUCUCUGCAUUUCUAUCAUCUGAAAGGGACCUAUAGCAUAACAAUACCCCAUAUACACAGGACAUGAGGAGUCACUUAAUGAUUUGUGUGCAACAGUGGGAACCAUAUGGCAUUUCCCUCUCAGACACUGGAUGCUAACACAAUUAAGAUAAUAUGUGAGACUAUUCAGAUUCCACUGGUACAGUAAUAGCUUGGUUAACUUUACUGUUAAGAAAGGUCUGUUUUCAUAGAAUUUGUACAAGAUUAACUCAAGAAUUUCUGUUAUUUUUGCAGUUACAUCUGUGUGCAAAUCUUACUUAAUGAAUAAGUUUGUUUUAUACAUUUUUUGUUUUCUGUAUUUGUGCUCAGAGGAGGGAUUUGUUCACCAAAAUGCCAUUUGUGUAAGCAGUAGAAAUAUUAUGGCAAUGUCACCAAAUAGAAUAAGAUGGUUUGGGUGCCUCACUACAGAUGCUACUGACAGAUAGCACUUUUAUGGUGCAGCACUUGUUAAUAUCGUAUUCCACUCCUUGGAAAUCCAGUGGAAUAUUCACACUUUUGUGAAACAUGGUAGAUCAAACAUUUUGAAGUGGUUUGUACCAUUUUGCAUGGUGUAAAUCAAAUUAAAGUGAUUACUUUGUAUUGGUGUUAUGACUUCAA